CCCCAAACCCUCCCGGGGGCUGCUGGGAAAGACGGCGGCGGCAAGAUGGCUCCGCCGCCUGUCCGCGGCUCCGGUGCGCUCCUGACGCUGCUUGCGCCGCUCCUGCCGCCGCCCCCGCCCGGCCCCACGUCGCUGCGGCGCCUGCUGGACUAGAGGCGGAGCGGAGGAAGCGCCGGCCGGGCCAUGCUGCUCUCCGAGAGCAAGGGAGGUGAGGAGAAGCAAGAGGUGCCCAUGGAGCCGUCUGAGCCCCGACCAGAGAGCGAGGCCCCUGAGCCUGGCCCUGACGAACACCCCUCCGCGGAGCCCCCCGGACCCGACCCGGGCCCCGAAGACGAGGAGAAGAAAGAGGGUUCAGCUCAGCCCAAGGCCUUCAAGAGGAAGAUAUCUGUUGUCUCGGCAGCGACAAACAGUGACACAGAGGGAGGCCAGCCAGGACGGAAGCGGCGCUGGGGGGCCAGCACAGCCACCACGCAGAAACCUUCCAUCAGCAGCACCACAGAGUCCCUCAAGAGCCUGAUCCCCGAUAUCAAGCCACCGACGGGAGGGCAGGAAGCAGUGGUGGACCUACACGCCGACGACUCGCGCAUCUCCGAAGAUGAAGCCGAGCGUCACCCGGAGGAGCCCCCCCACGAGAAAGCCCUCAAGAUCUGCCGCACCGUCACGCAGGUUCGUGUGCCGGCUGAAGGCCAAGAGAACGGCCAAGGAGAGGAAGAAGAAGAGGAAGAGAAGGCGCACGAGGAAGAGCCGCCCGAGGCCCCUCCUGCUGUCGCUGUAGAGGCAGUCCUGCCGCCACCCGGGGAGCACGAAGUGAAAAAAGUUACGCUGAGCGACACUCUGACGCGGCGCUCCAUCAGCCCUCGCUCCGGCGUCUCCAUCACCAUUGACGACCCUGUCCGCACAGCCCAGGUCCCCUCUCCGCCCCGCGGUAAGGUCAGCAGCAUCGUCCACAUCUGCAACCUGGUGAACCCUUCACUCUCCGGGCAGCUGAAGGAGCUGCUGGGCCGGACAGGCACCCUCGUGGAGGAAGCCUUCUGGAUCGACAAGAUCAAGUCCCACUGCUACGUCACAUAUUCAACAGUGGAAGAAGCGGUAGCAACUCGCAACGCCCUUCAUGGUGUCAAGUGGCCACAAUCAAACCCCAAAUUCUUAUCGGCAGACUUUGCAGAGCAAGAUGAGCUGGAUUCCACACGGGGUCUGCUGGCCGAGCGUCCCGCAGAAGCCAAGGCGGACGAGCGCGAGAUGCCGCGGCGCUCGGAGGCACGAGAACGGGAGGCAGUGGUCCGGGAGCAGUGGGCCGAGAGGGAGAGAGAGAUGGAGCGCCGGGAGAGGACGAGGGCCGAGCGGGAGUGGGCGGACAAGGUGCGCGAGGGGCCCCGCUCUCGGUCCCGAUCCCGGGAGAGACGCCGCAAGGAGCGCCCCAAGUCUAAGGAGAAGAAAGCCGAGAAGAAGGAAAAGGCCCAGGAAGAGCCCCCUGCUAAACUGCUAGACGACCUUUUCCGCAAAACCAAGGCAGCCCCCUGCAUUUACUGGCUUCCUCUGACAGACACCCAGUACGUUCAGAGGCAGGCCGAGCGGGCAGCCAGGGCCCGGGAGCGAGAGCGCCGGCGCAAGGAGCAGGAGGCAGAGGAGGCCCGCCAGCGGGAGCGCAGCCGCCAAGCCGAGCGGGAGAAGAGGCGGGAGCACAGCCGGGAGCGGGAGCGCCCCAACGCCACAGGAGGCGGGGCCGGCAGGGGGGGCGAGCGCGGUGGCCGGGACCGCGAGCGGCGCGAGGCAAAGGCCCGCCAUAGUCGGAGCCGGAGUCGCAGCACGCCUGUACAGGACAGGGGGGGGGCGCCGCUGACUUAUUCCAGCUUCUUUACUUUGACCUUCUGCGGGGAGGGAGGGGGAACGGCGGCGGCACUUCCUUCCCCCACCCCCUACCCCCAAUCUGGCCCUGGUUUUUGGGGAGAGGACUGGGACAGCCAGGGAUUGGGCUUCCCCUUUUCCAGCAGCUCUUGCGAGGAGGAAGGGGCGCGCUCGGCGGAUGGAAUAGCUGCGACAGGCAGAAGGAGCUUUCCUCCUCGGAAUGUGGGGCGGUUUCUAUCCCCAGCCCUCCCGCUCCCCUCUUCUCCUGGGGCCAGUUCCCUCCCCGUUAAUUUGUAUUUUAUUUUGGGAAAAUCUUUUUUUUUUAUUCUGAUGAAUACAGGAAAAGAGAACAUAAUAAAGAGAUGGCGUUAGUUUUA